GAGCUCGGCCUGUCGGUGUGGGCAUGAGAGGAAGUCAGGAGCUUUAACCUGGUAGUUCCCGGAGUACAGGCCGCCGCGCGCUACCGUACGGCAGCGUCUAUCCGAGCGGGACGACCCGGCUGCUGCUGGCGCUACUCCCCCCCCCCCUCCCUAUCCCCCGGCUCGCUAAGCUAGCUCCCACCCGGAGAGAGAGAGCGAGAGCGCGGGGCCUCUGGCUGCUACAGAUACUCUGACGGUGUCCUGGAGCCACAUCCUGCUGAAGAUGGAGAACCUGAGAGAAGCGCUGGAGAAGUUGAAGCUUGCAUCUACAGACAGCACCACGGACAGCACCGAGGGAAACCUGGACUGUCUGCUGAGCGCACUGGCCCUUAACAACACCGAGGCUAGCAGGAAGAUGCAGGAGAUGGGCAUUCUUCCCUUGCUCCCGAACCUGCUCAACCCACAGUCUUCCUGCACUCCUAAAGUUGCUAACAUCAUAGCUGAGAUGGCCAAAAACGAGUUCAUGAGGAGUCCCUGCGUGGAAGCCGGCCUCAUCCCCCCUCUGGUUCAGCUCCUAAACUCCACCGACCAGGAGGUUUUACUGCAAACCGGCCGAGCGCUCGGCAACAUCUGUUAUGACAGCCAUGAGGGCAGGAAUGCUGUUGACCUGGCAGGAGGGGCUCAGAUAGUAGCUGAACACAUUAAAUCCCUCUCCCAAAAUACCAACCCUGAAAAUGCGAGGCUCUUGACUGUCUUUUGUGGCAUGCUGAUGAACUAUAGCAAUGAUAAUGAUACCCUACAAGCCCAGCUGAUUAACAUGGGUGUUAUUCCCACCCUGGUGAAGCUGCUGGGCAUCCACUCUGACAACACUGCACUGACAGAAAUGUGUCUGAUAGCCUUUGGGAACUUGGCGGAGCUGGAGUCCAGCAAAGAGCAGUUUGCCUCCACCAACAUUGCAGAGGAGCUGGUGCGUCUUUUCCAGAAGCAGACGGAGCACGAGAAGAAGGAGAUGAUCUUUGAGGUUCUGGCCCCGCUGGCUGAAAACGAUGUUAUAAAGCUGCAGCUGGUGGAGGCGGGCCUGGUGGAGUGUCUGCUGGAGGUGGUGGGUCAGACUGUGGACGGCGAGCGGGAGGAGGACAUCGCCCAGCUCAAGACCGCCUCCGACCUCAUGGUUCUCCUGCUUCUGGGGGAUGAAUCCAUGCAGAAGCUGUUCGAGGGAGGAAAAGGCAGCGUCUUCCAGAGGGUCCUCUCUUGGAUCCCCUCCCACAACCAUCAGCUGCAGCUCGCCGGGGCUUUGGCCAUCGCAAACUUUGCCCGCAACGACGGGAAUUGCAUCCACAUGGUGGACACCGGGAUCGUUCAGAAACUUCUGGAUCUGUUGGAUCGCCACGUGGAAGAGGGAAACGUGACCGUACAGCACGCCGCGCUCAGCGCCCUAAGGAACCUAGCUAUACCUGUGGUGAACAAAUCCAAAAUGCUGUCUGCUGGGGUGGCGGAUGUGGUCUUAAAGUUUUUGCAGUCGGAGAUGCCUCCUGUCCAGUUUAAACUCCUUGGAACGUUACGAAUGCUCAUCGAUACUCAAGCUGAAGCUGCAGAGCAACUGGGAACCAAUGGGAAGCUGGUUGAGAGGCUAGUGGAGUGGUGUGAGGCUAAAGACCAUGCGGGGGUGAUGGGGGAGUCCAACCGGCUCCUGUCGGCCCUCAUUCGACACAGCAAAUCAAAGGAAGUUGUCAGGACUGUGAUCCCGAAAGGAGGAGUCAAGCACUUAGUAACCAUGGCAACCAGCGAACAUAUGAUUAUGCAGAACGAGGCGCUGGUGGCUUUGGGGUUGAUAGCGGCGCUGGAUUUGGUUGCAGCUGAGAAGGACUUUGUGGGAUCCAGCCUGGUGUCGGUUCUUCACAAGCUGCUGUCAGAUGAAAGGAGCGCGCCGGAGAUCAAGUACAACUCCAUGAUUCUCAUCUGUGCCGUCAUGGGUUCAGAGCCUCUCAGUAAGGAGGUGCAGAGCCUGGCGUUUAUCGACGUGGUGUCCAAGCUGAGAGCUCACGAAAACAAGACAGUGUCGCACCAGGCCUCCCUGACGGAGCAGCGGCUAACCGCACAGAGCUAAAUGACUGUGUCCACGCCACUCCCAUGCCUGCCUGCCCACCUCACACCCGCCCCCCCACCUUCCCCCAUUGUGUCCCAUCGUCAUGUGCCAAGGUACCGCGUCGCGUUAACUGCCAGCCAGACAUCCAGCCCCCCCUCUGUCCCACAGCCUCCACCCUAGAACCGUUUUCUAAGCCAAGAGCAACUGUAAUUUGUAAUUAUCGUUGAAAUAAAACCGAAUCUGCUCAUAUCUGAUAUGUUUAGGGUCAGGAAAGCUUCACAUACUUUACGUUUGAAAGCCAUAAAAAUGACCGAGGUGGCCAGUGGCGAGCUGGGGUCGGACCUCGGUCCGAAGUUCCCACCUCCCGUGUGUGCAUGUCCGUUCUGAAGCUACAGAUGAAGAGACGACGCUUGUUAAGACCACAGCUGUGACGCCCAUCGUAACGACGUGCACAGGUUUGUUUUUCCAGCCACGUCUCCUGGAGCUGGAUUAUAAUCCCAGUAGAACCAGUGCAUGUUUUUGUCCCGUUCGAGCUGUGACUGUGUUCAUUUUUUAUUGACCUACGCUCCCGCCGGCUUCGUUCUCAACUCUUUGGCUCCUUAACCCUCGAUUCUUUCUAAGCCGCGGAUUUAGCGUUAGCGAGAUUUUAGCGUUUCAUCCCUUGAAGAAUACUGGUGAAGAUUGUCAGUCGUCCAGGUCAUAGUCAUUCCAAAAAAAGGUU